CUACUAAAUAUCUAAUUAGCUUUCUAGUUCUGGACGUUCUAUAGAGCCUAGAGCGCCUCUACUAAUUAUGUGUUAUAGAGCACCCCCUACAUUAACAUGUAUGUAGUAACUCUAUAUCUCUAGAAGUGAUAGUAUUCUCGAAGCGUAGUAAUGCUCCUUAGUUACUCUAGCAUGGUACCGCAUAGAACACAUACAGCACUAGCGAUCGCGUGCCUAGUUACAGGUAACAGGAGCUGAGAUGUUGGCUGAGACGUUUACGGGCAGCCAACAUUUGUUAUCUCAGGUUUCCCUUCAUACCGCUGCGACCUCCAAUGGCAGUUAGAUCCCGUUCUCCGGCCGUAGGUACACACCCAUAUUCUUGUAGGAUUUCCUGCUUGCCGACUGUCGCGCGCUAGGGUACCCUUACGCUUCCGGUCUCCGUCGUCAGAUACUUCGAUCUUUUUUCCCACCACCAUCCCUCAAAACAGAGUAUAUGCCCAUAUCCUCAUCAAAGCCAUCGCGCUUAGAGUGUCCUCCCCGCGUUCCCCCUUCCCGAUCGCCAUAUAUCCCAAACCAGACUCUUCCUUCACUCCCCUCACUCCCCUCCCUCCACCCACCCGCUCUCUUCUCUACUCUACGGCUCCACAACCUGCACAUACCACGGCGCCGUCGCACGAGUUCCCUCGCGAUCCAAGGAUUGAAUCCGGAUGUAGUUAUCCCCCGAGAUGACCUUUUGGAGUUCUUUGAAGAUGAGGUGGAUUUCCUUGAGCAUGAGGGCGAGGACGACGAGGAUGCCAAUCUGGGCGAGGACGAGGAGGAGGUUGAGGACGGUGGAGAAGGCGGUGUUGGAUUUGGAUGUGGUGGUCGCCAUGGUCGCGUUAAGGGGCGAGGUCGACGCGUUUGGCGAGUCCCAGGGUCGCGUUCGCUUUACGGUUAUGAAGAUGUCGGGCAGACUCUGGUAGCUUUGCCUUUGCGAUCGCGAGCCGAAUAAGGGACCGCGCGGAAGUUAUUAUAAGGACACGAAACGAUUCGAACAGCUCACUCUCCGCUUGUGUAUAUUUUCAAUGGACAUCCUGC